AUGUUCUUAUGUCCAAAUACAGAGAACUUGAAAUGUCCUAUUACGCUUGAAUUAUUUCAUGAUCCUGUAAUUGCUCAAGAUGGUCAUACAUACGAACGAGAAGCAAUUGUAUCAUGGCUUACACAAAAUGGUACUAGUCCGAAGACUCGCGAGCCAAUGACUAUAGAGUCAUUACGACCAAAUCAUACUGUAAAACAAUUUGUCGAUGAAUUUCAAUCGACAUCAUUACAAAAACAUUACCGAUUCAAACUUGAUGUUGACAUUAGAAAAGCAAAAAGACAACCAAUUUUUGAAGCACCUGGAAAGGUUAUUUUUGAAGGUCAAUGGAUAGUAAAAUCUGGUCCACCAGUUGUUCUACUAAACAUUGAAGGAGCUAAAGCAAGACAAGAAGCAUCCUAUUAUGUUCGACUUGGUAGCCAUCCACAUGUUGUACAUACAUAUGGAAUAGUUGAAAAUGAUAAUAAUCGGCUAAUACUUGCUCAAGAAUAUGCUGCUGAAGGUAAUCUUGGCAGACUAUUAAAAGACGGAGACUUUCAACCAUCACAAGCAGUUCUAUUAGCAAUAUUUUUACAAAUUAUUGAUGCAAUGACAUAUCUUGCUGAGUAUGAUAUUGUACAUGGAGACUUAGCUUGUCGUAAUGUACUUGUCUUUCGAUUCAAUAACUCUGAUGCUACACAAAACUUAGUCAAAUUAACAGAUUUUGGUUUGACACGUGCUAGUACAUUGUAUACUGUUGUUGGUAGUACAGCAUCAACAACUAUGGCAGUAGUUCCUAUAAGAUAUGCAGCACCUGAAAUUCUUCAAAGGGGAGAUCCAUCGAAAUAUUCUGAGAAAUCAGAUGUGUAUUCAAUGGGUGUUCUAAUGUUUGAAGCUUGUUCACAAGGACAAUUACCAUAUGAAUCGAUAAAAGAUGAAAAUGAAGUUCGAAAACGUAAGAUUAAUGGCGAAAUUUUAAGUCAACCUGAGAACUGUGACGAUGCAUUGUGGAAUAUAAUUGUCGGCUGUUGGCAUCAAGAUCCAAAAGCACGUCCAACAUUCAAAAAAUUAAAAGAAUUAUUGUUAGAACUACAAUCACGACCAAUAUCCACAAUAUUGAGAAGACCAUCAAC